AUGAAUACGGGCCAGCGCAUCUACCCCAACCUGAAUUCGAUGAGUGCGGAACGGUACUCGCCUACGCCGUAUCGGCAGAGAAUGCAACAGGUUUGUUGGUUUUUUUUGGAGUUUUGCGAUUGAAAUUUAAAAUUUUAUUUGUUUAGGCAUAGUAAAAAUUAAAUUUUUAUUAGGGAGGGGGGGGGGAGGGAGUGUAAAAAGUAAAAAAAAAUUAUAGUAAGGGGGGGGGGGAGUAAAAAUAAAUCUUAAAUAACAAAAAAAUUUUUUGUACAGUACAGGGCGAGAGAUUUUAAGCUGGACGUGAGAGAAGAAGGUUUUAUAUUAAGGUAGGGUAGAAUCAGAUAAAGUAGAGUAAGUUAAGAUAGUACUGAAAGGUAGGGUAGAGUAGCCCAGGGUAGGGGACGUUUUAACACCCUAAAACUUUCUUUUUUAUUUUUUAUAACCUCCUUCCUUUUUUUAAUAGAGGUGUAAAAAAAGCUAAACCGGACCUACUUUUGAGACCCGGCCCAGGCUCAGGGCCUAACUUUUAUUUAGUUCCAGCCGUUUUUAGUUGGCUCAAUCAAGAAAAUUAUAAACUGAUAUUGAUCCGGCCAGUUUGAAACUAAACAAAACUUUUUUUUAUUUUUUUUGGCACAAGCCUACUUUUUGAAAAUAUGCUCUCGGGCCGGGGCAACUUUUAAAUCCAGUUCAUAUCAACUUUAGCUCAAAACUGGCCCGGACCUAUACGACCUGUUUAUCCUAUUUACUUUUUACUGUUUAAAAUAGCAAGCUCUACGCUAUAUGUCCUGCCACUUUAGAAAUUUUUUUAAAAAUUUAAUAGAAAGCUAGGACUACUUAAAGGUAAAAAAGUUGUUUUUGCUUGAAAGUCAGGUACAAACAGAUGAUGAUAAUGUAAAAUACGAGUGGUUUAUGUUCGACAUUAAAAUUCCAAAACGUCGUCAGUUUAAAAACAUAUACCAGAUUGAAAGGCGAGGGGUUAAUAAUAUGGGUUUAUUGUAAAUUAUCAGAGCAAUCUGUUGUAGCAGAUGCCAACUGAGUUUUCAAUAAAUUUAAAAACGAUGUUAAAAUUAAUGAAAUUUUGAAAAUGUAAAAAUUUUCAGACAAACUCAAUCUUCGGAGCUUUGGAAGAUCCGUUCUUUCAAUCACGCGCUGCUCAAGCGGCCCAAGCCGCAUUGGCCGAAAUGGAUGUGAAGAAUGUAAAUAUGCAGGCCAACAUGUUCACGUAGGUUUUUUGGUAAAAUACGGUGAUUAUGUUUUCUUCAUUUUAAAGUUAUUUUUUUAAAUUAAAAUUUUUUUUUUUCGAAAUUUUUUAAAUUUUUAAUUUUAAAAAUUUUAAAAAAAUUUUCAUAUUUUAGGUACCAAUCUCAAAACCUACUAAACCCCUCAAACCAAGACAUUGUGGACAACUCUCUAAAUGUCAAUUCCUCCAACGCCUCUACGAACCUUCUCGACUCUCAAACCACCAACGAUGCGAUGAGUCCGCUACAACAAGUAAUGGCAAUGCAGCAUCAUUAUGGGCCUGGCGCCAGUGGUGCAUUCUCACCUUACCAUCAGCUGCCUCAGGCUAGCGUCGCGAAUGUUGCGGCCGCUUUUCCUCACGGCAACAUGAAUAUCAUGGCGACGAAUUCGAAUUUUGUAGGAAAUCCAUUGAAUGGAGUGCCUAAUAACUCGUUGUUACCUAGAUAUUCACUGUCGCAUGCUGGUAAGGAAAUUUGGAAAUAGAAAAAAAUUUUUAAUUUCUACCCUACCCUACCCUACCCUACCCUACCCUACCCCACCCUACCCUACUCUACCCUACCCCACCCUAUUCUUCCCUACCCUAUCCUACCCUGUGAGACCAUACCCUGCCCUACAAUAACGUAAGUCUUAUUCAUCUUACUGUACACAGCCUUACCUUAACUUAUCAUGUCAUGACCUAUCCUACUGCAACCUUUUCAUAACCACUUUACCGUUUAUUGAAAUACUAUGUUUUAUCCUGUCCUAUUCUAUCUUGUCUUCCCCUACUUUAAGUUACAUUUUUGUGCCCUGCCUAUUUCUCUUAAAAUUUAAAAAUUUUUUUUUUAAAAUUCUAAAGUAAUCCAACCUGACUUUACUAUAACUUUUUUUUGUCAUACAUCCUCUUAAUAGCUUCAAAAUUUUUCAAAAAAUUUAAGUUUUUUAUUUUUUUUAAAUUUUAUAACCAAUUUUUUUUCAAUUUUAAUUUUAAAACCCCUCUUUUUCAGUCCCCGAAAUAGACACAGAUCCACGUGAGCUGGAACGAUUCGCCGAGCAUUUCAAGCAGCGACGCAUAAAAUUAGGAGUAACUCAAGCAGACGUCGGGAAAGCUUUGGCACAUCUGAAAAUGCCUGGAGUCGGAUCGUUGAGUCAGUCGACGAUAUGCAGAUUUGAAAGUUUGACACUAUCUCACAAUAACAUGGUGGCACUAAAGCCGAUACUACAGACGUGGCUUGAGAAGGUGGGGUUUUUUUUUUAAUUUUUUUUUGAAUUUUGAAAUUUAAAUUUUAUUAGGAAAUUAUAUUGGAUGAAGCGUAUUUUACAUUUUCAAAACCUUGCCAUUUGUUUUAUUACCCCCUUCUCACCCCCCCCCCCUUCCAUUCCUCCUCCCCUCGCCAUUAUUGAUUGGCCGCCUCGGGGGCCGCACUGGUUGCGUUUCCAAAGAGGAAAAUGGAGGUUUCCGUGUGCUGAUUAAAUAUUAACAAGCCUUCGUGUUGACGGCAAUGAAUGGAAAUGGCUGACUCUCGAGGCUUUCCCCAAAAAUGGCAUGAAAUUCGGAGCGUAAUGGUUGGGGGGGGGGAUGGUAUAAUUAUUAUAAUAUGGUAAAUGAGUUUUGAAUUUUGUAUUUUCAUAAUCUGGAGGCGAUGAUUGGAUGCUGAGAAGGAGAGAAUGGUGAAGAUGUGAGAGAACGGACUAGUAAAAAUGAAAAAAUAUUCAAAAAAUGUUGAACAAGCUAACGAACACAUUAAAAAAAACUUUUUAAAUUACAUUUUUAGCUUACAAUCACGUAAUAUAUACAAUAGAGCAUUAGCGUAACAUAUCGCUCUAACGAUUUUAUAAAACACAUUUGUCGUAUAACUUGUCAGCCGCAGGCUGCAUGAUAAACACUUUGCUUACAACGUGGUACUCCUGCAUAACAAAUCGCUCGGCGAUUUUAAACUUGAUGUUGGUUAUAAAGGAGUUUAUUUAUUUAUUUUUCAGUAUUCACUCGUAAAGUCAUAAUAUAGCAUAAAAUCAUAAUGGAAAAGACUUAAAGCGUUUGUCGACCAUUACCGUUUUGGUAUACGGUAAUUUGAAAUGCUUUGUGUAGACUAAGGUCUCAAAUGUUGCUUGCUAUACGAAAUUGUCGUUUUAGAGGAGUUUGUUAUACAAGGUGUUUAACUUUAUUCAAAGCUUAUUGCCAUAGCUGAUAAUAUGAAUUACUCAAAAUUUUAGUUUAUAAGUUACAGUAGGAUUCUUAUAUAACAAAACUCUUUUAUAACGAAAAAAUCAAUGCCCCCAAGCGAUUUGUUAUACAAGAGUUGUAUAUUUCAAUGAAAUUAAAUAAAACUUGUCUAAAUGAGACCAAGGGUUCUUCUCUCAAUUUCUUACUAUAGCUCUACCUUACCCUGCCUUAUCUAACCAUUCCCUACACUAUUUUAUCCUACGUUACCCUAUCAAACUUAAAAUAAUUGAAAUACUCAAACUUUUAAAUUUCAAAAUUUUUAACAUUUCGAAACUUUCAGGCAGAAGACGCGAUCAAAAACAAAGCCUCAACAGCUGAUGUAGUAGGUAUUCUACCGAACUCUGAUAAGAAACGGAAACGAACGUCAAUAGCAGCUCCAGAGAAACGACUACUAGAGGAUUACUUCAGGCAACAGCCACGACCCACAGGCGACAGAAUUAGUGCCAUCGCUGAGAAACUAGAUCUAAAAAAGAAUGUCGUCCGAGUUUGGUUCUGUAAUCAGCGACAGAAACAGAAGCGGUAAGAUGUUUGAUCAAUUUUUUAAAAACUUGGUCGAUUUUUCAAAUCUUGGUCGAUUUUUAAAAUUUGAUCGAUUUUCAAAAUUUUAGUUCAUGAGGGCAAAUUUUUUUUUAAUUUUAAAAAAUAAAAAAAACAUUGUUCGGUAUGUAAAAUAUAAGUAGUAUUGAGUCGAAUUUAGACGAUUCCGUUGCAGAAAUCAGCUAGCCAACGGCUCCAACGACAACAAAUACACGCCCAACCUGGUGGACCUCAAGUCCGGUCUGUUGCCCGAGGAAUUCCUUCAAAGCGUUCACUCUGGCAAUCUCGAAAACAUGAACAACGGCCUGUGA